AUGGCUCUGCUGCUGGACGGCUCUCGCACGGCGGCGGCCGCCUACUGCUGCCUGAUCCGCCGCAGGUGCAAGAGGAGGAGGAAGAAACGCUCCGAGCGCAAAGGUCGAUUGGGAGAUUGGCUACCCCGAAACCAACAGAGGCUGCUCACCAUAGAGGGGGGCGAAGUAAAAAGCAUGAGUUCAUGCAGCACAGAUGUUAAGGAAAAUCGGAACUUGGACAACCUCUUCUCCAAAGAGGGGGUUGCGGCUGAGGCUGCUCAACUCCCCAAUGGGAGUGCUGGGGGUGGGAGGAAGCGUCCCUUAGAGGAGGGCAAUAAUGGGCAUGCACAUUCCAAGUACAAGCCCAAGAAGCGUAAGAAAAUCCCUGGGCCCAUUCUGCCUAAGAAUGCCCUAAUGCAGCUGAAUGAGAUCAAGCCAGGGCUGCAGUACAAACUGCUCUCUCAGACUGGGCCCGUCCAUGCACCCAUCUUCGUGAUGACUGUGGAGGUCAAUGGGCAGCUCUUUGAGGGUUCUGGUCCUACCAAGAAAAAGGCAAAGCUGAACGCGGCAGAGAAGGCCCUGCGCUCCUUCGUCCAGUUCCCCAACGCGUCUGAAGCCCACAUGGCCAUGGGCCGGACUCUGUCUGUUCACACGGACUUCACCUCAGACCAGGCUGACUUUCCAGACAUGCUCUUUAAUGCCUUCGAGACAUCCACUCCUGCAGAUGACCCGUUUUACCUCGCAUCCAACAGUAAUGGUUCCUUCAGCUCAUUGGGAAUAGAGUACCCGUUGCUACCCUCCCCUGUCCCGAACCUGGUCCAGGCCCCCUUACCUCCGGUCCCCUCCACCUUCAUCUCCCCUACAAGCGGCAAGAACCCGGUCAUGAUCCUCAAUGAGUUACGGCCGGGCCUCAAGUAUGACUUUGUGUCAGAGAGCGGGGAGAGCCACGCCAAGAACUUUGUAAUGUCAGUGUCAGUCGAUGCUCAGAAUUUCCAGGGUUCUGGGCGGAACAAGAAGCUGGCCAAGGCCCGGGCUGCCCAGGCUGCUCUCUCUGCUCUGUUUAACAUGCAGCUGGAUCAGGCUCCAUCAAAACAGCCUAUACCCAGAGAAGGACUGCAGCUUCAUCUGCCACAGGUCCUGGCGGAUGCCGUCUCUCGCCUAGUCGUCGACAAGUUCAGCGAACUGACGGACAACUUCACGUCUCCACACUCCAGGCGGAAAGUAUUGGCAGGUGUCGUCAUGACAACGGGUGCAGAUGUGAAGGAGGCUCAGGUCAUCUGCGUGUCCACAGGAACAAAGUGCAUCAAUGGUGAAUACAUGAGUGAUAGAGGUUUGGCCCUCAAUGAUUGCCAUGCUGAGAUUGUGGCUCGCCGCUCGCUCAUCAGGUACCUGUACUCCCAGCUGGAGCCUUUCCUCAGUAACCAUGAAGAGGAGCAGCAGACAUCCAUAUUUACCAGGUGUGACAACAAACAAGGCUUCAGACUGAAGGAAAAUGUCCAGUUCCACCUGUACAUCAGCACCUCCCCCUGUGGAGACGCCCGCAUCUUCUCGCCUCAUGAAGCUGGAAUGGAGGAUCAUGGGGAUAGACACCCAAACAGAAAGGCCCGUGGGCAGCUCCGCACUAAAAUUGAGUCUGGCGAAGGAACCAUCCCAGUACGCUCCACUAACACCAUUCAGACGUGGGACGGGGUUCUUCAGGGUGAGAGGCUGCUCACCAUGUCCUGCAGUGACAAGAUAGCCAGGUGGAACGUAGUUGGAUUCCAAGGUUCUCUGAUGAGCUACUUCACUGAGGCCAUCUACUUCUCCAGCAUCAUUCUGGGCAGCCUGUACCAUGCUGACCACCUCUCCAGAGCCAUGUACCAGAGGAUUACCGAGAUCGAGGACCUGCCACAGUCCUUCAGCUUGAACAAACCACUGCUCAGCGGAAUAAGCAACGCAGAGGCUCGUCAGCCAGGAAAAGCACCCAACUUCAGUGUGAACUGGACGGUGGGAGACCAAGGCUUAGAGGUGAUCAACGCCACCACAGGGAAAGAUGAUCUGGGUCGACCCUCCAGGCUCUGCAAACACGCCCUCUACGGCCGCUGGAUGCGCCUGCACUGCAAGCUGUCCUCGAACCUGCGGAUCAAAACAGUGAGGCCCAGCAUCUACCACGACGCCAAGCAGGCAGCGGUGGAGUACCACGGCGCCAAGCAGGCGCUCUUCAGAGCCUUCCACAAAGCCGGACUGGGCGCCUGGGUGAAGAAACCUAUAGAGCAGGACCAGUUUGCACUCGCCACCUGA